AUGGCACCACAAAAAUCCGUUACCGAGGUGCCGCGGUCUAUACUCCCUCGCUUGACAUGGAAUGGCUCCUCUGCUCGGACUACUGUUCCUACCCCCCAGAGCAACAUUCUAUCAGCAAAGCAGCAACAAAAAACGCUACGCAUACAUAGCCGGAACUCUGCUGGGCGACGACUGCAUACUUUGACCUUUUCUCCUCACUCUUCUACAUCCGUCUCCGCAGUAGUCGGAGAGCCGACCUUAUCAUCGAUAUCUAGACGAUUACUGGAAUCAACAAGCCUAUCAAUCAGCCGACCAGCGCCCAUAGGUAAUCCUAUCCGAUAUAAUGGUGUUUAUGUCGCUGCAUUCAAACCAGCUCGGCGCGCUUUCCAUGCCUCCGCCCCCCAACAAAGAGACCACCAUUUCGAUACGUUAAAGUUCGUUCAGCGGUUGAAAGAGGAAGGUUUCAGUGAGGAACAGGCUGUCGCAAUGAUGCGAGUUCUAAAUGAUGUUAUCCAAGAGUCUAUUCAGAAUCUAACCCGGACAAUGGUCCUCAGAGAAGACACCGAAAGAUCGACGUAUACUCAGAAAGUCGAUUUCGCUAAACUCCGCUCCGAACUACUCAACGCGGAUUCAACCGAAGCGCAACUAACACGUUCGUCACAUGAGAAGAUUGCUGCAGAUCUAGCUAAGCUCAAUUCACGACUUCGGGAUGAGAUUGGGCGCACACAAGCAUCCGUUCGUCUGGACCUAAACCUUGAAAAAGGUCGUAUUCGAGAAGAAGCAAAUAGCCAAGAAAUGCGAAUAAAAGAGACGGAAACACGAAUAGAGCAAGAGGUGGCAGGUUUGAGAGAACGCGUAGAGGCCGUGAAGUUCUCUACGCUACAGUGGCUGAUGGGUGUUUGCACGGGUACCGCUGCUUUGAUUCUCGGUGCCUGGCGUCUCUUUAUUUACGUUGUAACUAUGUUGCUUCGCACAGUUUUAGGGCUUCUUUCUCUUUUAGCAGCUCCUUCUAAGGGCACAUUAGAAGUAUUUCAAGUUUGUCAGCCUGUUCAAUACCGGGGAGAGGACAACACGCAUUGUGACCAAAACGUACUGCUCAUGGAGCAUGUAUUUGCCUCGAGCUAUGGACACCCCUUUAUAGGAUACUACAGUCCACCCAAAUGUGAAUUCGACACAGUUAAGAUUAAUCUCACGGUUACCUCCCAAGGCCGCCAAUUUGAUCGAUUAGCACUUCUGUUUCUUGGAGAUACAGAGGUAUUCCGCACUUCAACAGCGGAACCUACGGCUGACGGAAUUGUCUGGACCUAUAUAAAGGAUAUGUCGCAGUAUAACGCACUAUGGCAGACACGGCAAAAGCUAAUUUUCGACCUUGGAAACAUUAUAAAUGAUUUAUAUACCGGCCCUUUCGGUGUGACUCUGACAGCAUAUUUCUCCCGGGAGGGUCAUGUCAGGACCGCAGACGUAAUUCUCCCAAUAUCUAACAAGAAGUCAGCCUCCAACUCGUCAAGUGCCUUUACUGUUCCUGGAGAUAAUACAAAGAUACUGUACCAGUUACCUCCUAAUAUUUCGCGUGCAGUUGUGUCCAUUUCCGUAUGUGGCCAGUCUACUGAAGAGUUCUGGUGGUCCAAUGUCUUUUCGUACGAUACGGAGACUUUCAAUGCCACAAUUGGCGAGCUUUAUGGUUACUCCCCCUUUCGCGAAGUUCAGCUCUAUGUUGAUGACAUCCUUGCCGGUAUUAUAUGGCCAUUUCCUAUAAUCUUUACUGGUGGUGUUGCGCCAGGUUUUUGGCGUCCGAUUGUUGGAAUAGACGCCUUUGACCUGCGACAACCUGAAAUCGAUAUUUCGCCCUUCCUCCCCAUUCUCAAAGACGGACAACCUCAUUCAUUUGAGAUCAAAAUUGUCGGCUUGAGUGUUUCACGAAACGGGACCGUCACGUUCUCUAGCCGCGUCGGCUCAUAUUGGGUUGUAACCGGAAAUAUCUUCCUGUAUCUGAGUGAUUCUGCCUUGGAUAGAACUAGCUCCGGAACAGAGAAGCCCUACGUCGAUGCGCAUACUCCACAAUUUAAAGCCACGCGGAGCCUUGUCAAGAAUCAGGCUGGAGGGAAUGACUCUCUGAACUACUCUGUUCUUGUUGAAAGGACCCUUUCAAUAAGAUCAUCCGAGUUCCUAUGGAGUCAAAACCUCACAUAUUCCAAUUUUGGUCUGUUUAACCAGCAAGGCAUGAGCCAAUCGACCAAUCAACACACAGCUGGGAGGUCUACUAUCAUAGCCUUCGGAGCCAACCAAACAUCAAAUGAGGUCCUUUUCGAAUAUCCCUUGUCUGUGAAUCAAACGUAUCGCCCUACCGAUGCUGGGCUUUCUAUCCACGCUCAGAUGAGUAGGGGUCUCGACAUCAAAACAACAGGGGCAACCGGUAUUUCUACUUAUACUCUCAUCUCGGGACCAUCACGCUUGCACACUCAACAAUGGGGCGAAGCAUUCUAUCAACCCACGGAUAACAGCUCUAUAUCUUUUGGUGAUACAACCGAUGUAUUUGAGAGCAGUAAUAUCCUGGGUCACUACAAAAGGUCGGUCCGAGCAGUGAACGGGAGUAUUGUGUCCGAUACAGAUGAUACAGAUGACCAGUCACCUAGUUUGAAUGACCAGAGCGAUCAUGACUCUCUCUUGAGAUAA